AUGAGUCACCGGAAGUACGAAGCGCCUCGGCACGGCUCCCUUGCCUACCUUCCCCGCAAGCGCGCUGCCAGACACCGUGGAAGAGUCAAGAGCUUCCCCAAGGAUGACCCCAAGAAGCCCGUCCACCUGACGGCCUCCAUGGGCUACAAGGCCGGUAUGACCACCAUUGUCCGUGACCUUGACCGUCCUGGUGCCAAGAUGCACAAGAAGGAGGUUGUUGAGGCUGCCACCGUCGUUGAGACCCCUCCUCUCAUUGCCGUUGGUGUUGUCGGUUACAUCGAGACUCCCCGUGGUCUCCGCUCGCUCGCUACCGUCUGGGCUGAGCACUUGAGUGACGAGGUCAAGCGUCGCUUCUACAAGAACUGGUACAAGAGCAAGAAGAAGGCCUUCACCAAGUACGCCAAGAAGCACUCCGAGGAGAGCGGUGCCUCCAUCACCCGCGACCUUGAGCGCAUCAAGAAGUACUGCACUGUCGUCCGUGUCCUCGCCCACACCCAGAUCCGCAAGACUCCCCUCAAGCAGAAGAAGGCCCACCUUAUGGAAAUCCAGGUCAACGGUGGCGCCAUUGCCGACAAGGUUGACUUCGCCCGCAACCUCUUUGAGAAGCCCAUCGAGAUCGACUCCAUCUUCGAACAGGACGAGAUGAUCGAUGUCAUUGCCGUCACCAAGGGUCACGGUUUCCAGGGUGUCACCAGCCGUUGGGGUACCACCAAGCUUCCCCGCAAGACUCACAAGGGUCUCCGUAAGGUUGCUUGUAUCGGUGCCUGGCACCCUAGCCACGUCCAGUGGACCGUUGCCCGUGCUGGUCAGAUGGGUUACCACCACCGUACCUCUUGCAACCACAAGGUCUUCCGCAUUGGAAAGGGCUCUGACGAGGCUAACGCCUCCACCGAGUUCGAUGUCUCCAAGAAGCAGAUCACUCCCCUUGGUGGCUUCGUCCACUACGGUGAGGUUAAGAACGACUACGUCCUGGUCAAGGGUUCCAUCCCUGGUGUUAAGAAGCGUGUCAUGACCCUCCGCAAGACCAUGUACCCCCAAACCAGCCGAAGGGCCACCGAGAAGAUCGACCUCAAGUGGAUCGACACCUCCUCCAAGUUCGGUCACGGUGCCUUCCAGACACCCGAGGAGAAGCGCGCUUUCAUGGGUACCCUCAAGAAGGACCUCGAAACUUCUGCUUAA